AAAGAGCUAGUUGCGAUAGAUUCAGUUUCUCGAGUCUUGAGAAUCAGUCGGAUCCGAGAGGGUCUUGGAGGAGACGAUCAGCGAGAAGAUGUGCUGUUGGCGCCAUGGUGGAGAGGUCAUUAAGGUAUUCGUUGAUUGACGUUGAGCCAUAUACUGUAGUGCUUAAUGCUCAGGCCGCAUCUCAGUCAUCUCAUGUCAGUGUUUAAUCGUAACACCAGCUCUCCAUCCCAUCUAGAACCCCACUUGUCGAGAUCCAACUCCCCUCAUCGCAGCCAUCCGACUGGACACCUCGAUGGCUCGCCUCCAUCUGCAGCAGGCGCGCCAAGUCUGCAUUCGAUCGUGCUUCCCAUAAAUGCCGACCAUCAGGCAUGGGGAUCUGCAGAUCUGAAAGUCGCAAGACCGUUUCCUUGGUCUGUUCUUCAGCCACUAGGUUCCGCUCACACCAUCGCGACACCUUGUACAUGGCCAACCCGCCGUUUAACCUCCUCUACCCCUACCCAGAUACAAGCGUCGGAGUCGAUCGCCUGGUAUCGCGCUCGCAUUCGUGGGUAGUAGAAGAUGCGGCUACGAAGACAGGUUUCUACGAGUACGGAGAGGAUAUGUCGAUCGGAUUGUGGGAGGGGGCGAGAGCUGUUACUGCCACUGCUGCUUUGCAUCAAUGAGAAGAUCAGAUAUAGCAGGAUGGCUUAGUGUGUCGUCA